CCGCAGAAACAAGUGGAGGGACGACAGAAGAAAACAAGUGGGAGAUACAAUGACAAUAUGCCUGGCAGGUGGAGUCCUCCACACCGCGUUGUUAUGGAAUGCAGGACUUUGGAAAGAGGGAUUAAACCGCGUUGAACAGGAAAUUGCCAGCUCUGGGUUGGCUGAUUUUAAACAGUAAGAGCCAUGAAGAGCCCAGUAGUUUAUGGCAGCCCAGGUAUGUUAGCUCCAGUGGAUUGGAACUAUACAGCUGGUGCAAUGAGGAGGGGAAAGAGUGUGGAAGAGCUGGGGGAUGCUGGAUGGGCCAAGGAAAGGGAAAGGAUGGCCCAUUUGCAACAUAUGCAGCAUAUACACCAACUGCAGUUUCAACAGCAACAGGUAGGAUAUCCUGGAUAUGGAGGAUUUCCUCCUGGCCAGCUACAGACUCCAGUCUUAUUUGCAAGUCCAGCUCCACCGUGCCCGAUGCCACUUCACGCUGGUAUGGUGGGACCUGUGGAUGGUCAUGCACCACCACCAGCGCAUGCACCGGUUCCAUGGCCGGUCCAGUGGGACCACCAACCCCAAGUUAGACAGGACAAUGUUUGCUACCAGCCCAGCUGGGAGCAUGCAAACCAACAAAAGGCUAUAGACCAGACUCCUCAAGAACAAAAUGUAUACUUUCACCCUCGUUCAGAGGACGGUCAUCUUGACUUGAGGAUAUCGGAUUGGAAGGGAAAACAUUGUUUCUACCAAGGCCCUGAGGAUUAUCGCCACCAGGACUAUAAUGAAGUGUUACAAGAAAAAGACAAGAAUGACCUCCGAGCUGAAGCAGGUCACAGUAAAAUGGAUAAGGAGAAAAGAAGAAGGGAUGGUUUGGAUAGAGAAAAUGGAUAUGACUCUGGACGUUAUGACUAUAGGAGUCACCAUGAUAAGGAAGAUUAUGAUUAUAGUGACAGAUACAGGCAGAGGGAUUAUUAUGACAGGAAAUACAAUGAAGAGCAUGACCAAAGGGACAAGUAUUAUGACACCCGGAAACACAGGAGACAUGACCACAGAGAGCAUGACAGCUACAACAGUGAACAUGAAGGCUAUUAUGAUCAAAAAAACUCCUACACUCAUAGAGACAGUCACUGGGACAGUGACCACUAUGAUGAUCAUGAUCAAGAUUUCUAUGGCUCUAAAGAGAAUCAUCAUUCCAGAGACAAAGACAACCACAGACACAGAGAGAGGGAUAACUACUAUGAAGACAGAAAACGUAAGGACCUUCGUUACGAGCGUCAUGCGGAGGAUCGGGAUGAACGCAGGGAAGCCGACUACAGGUACAGAGAUGGCCGUGAUCGAAGGGGUGAGGAAACACACUCCAGGAAAGGAAGAGGUAACUAUGACUCUAAAGUUGAAGAACACCGGGAGAGGAAACCCAAUUACAGAUACAAGGACUUAGAGGACAGGCGGGAUGAGCAUUAUAACAACAAACGACGGGACUAUGAGCCCAGGGAGCGCUAUGAGCGGAGGCCCGAAGACGACUAUGACCACAACUAUGAAAAUCGCUACCAAUCCAGAGAAGGAGAACACUUCCACAGUAGGCCUCGAGACAGAUUCAGGGCUUUGCGGUCUCUAUCGAUAGAUUCACGAUAUGAGGAAUAUCCUAAAGUUGAUCCCUUAUCACACUGUGAAGAAUGGGUUGAGGAGCAGAACAAAAAGUUGGCACGUAGGGAAAUCCACUCUUUUGAGGAUCCAGGUGUAUAUCAGCACAGUGAUGACCAGGAGAAGGGAUAUGAGUCAAGUGCUGGAAGUGCGGGUUCAAAUAAGGGUCACAAACCUGUAUAUGUGGGGUCCCUGGACAGAAACAGUUUCUACAGGAAGACUGCUCCAAGCUCCCUACGAAAGUCGCCAUUCGCCACCGCCAGGAAGCGGAGCAAAGAGAUGACGCUUAUGUCGUCUCAGCCCAAACUCCUGGACUCCACUCCAGACUCGGACACGGCCGCCGCUGCCGGCACGGACAACGAGGUCCCUGAGCAAAGGAUGCUGGAGAAGAGGUCAAAGGUCAUAGAGGAACUGCUGCAGACAGAGAUGGACUACAUCAAAGACCUGCAGAUGUGUGUUUCGGAGCUUAUUGAGCCACUUCAGGCAAAGCAGUUGAAGAACGUGGACUUUGAUGGACUCUUUGGGAACAUCGACUCAGUGAUUGACUUGUCCCAGCGGCUGCUUGAGGCGCUCCAAGAGACAGACACCAUUGGAAAAGUAUUUCUAGACUUUAGAGAGGAUCUGCAAGAGGUGUACAAACUCUACUGCCAGAACCAUGACGAUGCCAUCUCUCUGCUGGAGACUUACGAGAAGGAUAAAAACAUCCAGUGCCACGUGGUGGAAUGUCUGGAGAGGCUGAGGGCCAUAUAUCGCGAGUGGGGGAAAACAAACUAUAUCAACCUUGGCUCUUUCCUGAUAAAGCCUGUGCAGCGGGUGAUGCGUUACCCACUGCUGCUCACAGAGCUGCUCGGGGCCACGCCAGAAAGUCACCACGACCGCUCCCUUCUUGCCAAAGCUGCCCUGGCUGUCAAGGAAAUCAACGUAAACAUCAAUGAGUACAAGCGGAGGAAGGACCUAGUGAUGAAGUAUAGGAAGGGAGAUGAAGACACGUUCAUUGACAAGAUCUCAAAGCUCAGCAUGCACUCUAUUAUCAAAAAAUCGAACCGUGUCAGUAGCCACCUCAAGCACCUCACAGGCAUUUCGCCACAGAUCAAAGAUGAAGGAUUUGAUGAGGCUGAAAAGAAGUUCCGUCUUCAGGAGAGGCUAAUCAAGUCUUUUAUCAGAGAUAUCUCCUUGUACCUGCAACAUAUCAGAGAAUCAGCAUCUGUGAAGGUCUUGGCAGCCCUCAGUUUCUGUGACAUCUACACAGAUCGCGGUGUGCAGGAUCCCGACUGCUUCGCGAAAGCACACCGCUGCAUCAGCGACAAGCAUUUCACACAGUUUAAAGAACGCACAGAAGCCCUGGUCAUCGACCCGCUCAACCAGCUCCUCCUCAUGUUCGCCGGGCCGCACAAACUCAUCCAGAAGCGCUUCGACAAGCUGCUGGACUACGACAGCUGCAAGGAGCGCGCGGACCGCCUGAAGGACCGCCGCGUCCAGGAGGAGCUGCAGGUCGCUCGCAACAACUACGAGGCGCUCAACGCCCAGCUUCUGGACGAGCUGCCCAAGUUCCACUGCGCAGCAGAGGAGCUGUUCACAGGCUGCGUGCGAGCCUUUGCCCAAGCCCAGAAAGACUUCAUGAAGACGACACUGGGAGAGAUGAAGCCCCUCCUGCAUGUGUUCUCCAACAAGGCGGGAAAGGGGGAAAACCUGAUUUCCCUGUUUAACAAGGAGUAUGGGAACUGCCUCCAACUCCUUCAGAGCUUCAGCUUCUGCCCAGAGAACCUGCCUCCCGCCGUGGCCACUAAAAAGCCCUUUGAGAAGAAAACUCUCGAGAAGCAAACCUCCAAAAAGCAACUGCCGGGACCACCCAACCACAACCUACAGACGGAUGAGCACCGUGCAGCGCUUCUGGUUCGCUUUGGCCCUGAGAAACUUUUCCAGGCCGAGAGGAACUUCAACGCUGCCCAGGAUCUGGACGUCUCUAUAUUAGAGGGAGACCUUGUUGGGGUAAUCAAGCAGCAGGACCCCAUGGGGAGCAACAACCGCUGGCUGAUCGAUAACGGAGUCACCAAGGGCUUUGUGUACAGCUCCUUCCUCAAACCCUACAACCCACGCAGGAGCCAGUCGGACGUGUCCAUUGAGAGCCAGUCGUCCAAUGAGUCGGGCUACGGCGGGUCCUCCCCUGUUUUCUCCCGUCAGAACAGCAACAGCACACUGACUUUUAACCAGGACACGGCCACCGUCAGCUUCUCCACGGCGCAGGCCCCGAGUCAAUCCUCGCCACAUCCGUCACUCGACUCCAGCCUCUCCCGCCGGAGUCAGCACAGAGACACUCCCAACCCUGACUCUGUGAGUCAGAGCAACUCCAUAAACUCCUCGCCCCGAAAUCCCUCCAACCGCAGGGACUUUUCGGAGCAGACCCACCGAAAUGCGUCCCGCCACAGAGACACAGAGCAGUCCUACCGGCACUCGGGCGCUCACAGAGACUCGUACGAUGCCACUUACGGGGUUGGACACAAGGAGACGUCGGACUUCUCGGAGACAGACUCUUACUCCUCACAGAGGAACUGUCGCUCGCAGCGAUAUGCGCACACGGACAAAAGCCACAGCUCGCAUCAGUGGGCAAACGAAGACGGCAGCCAUCGGAGAAAGUCGCCUCACACCCAGGAGGAGUACGCCGAGCCAGAGGCACAGCACGAGAGUGAGCCGGACAGUCACCAGAUCUACUAUGCUCUCUAUGCUUUCGACGCCCGCUGUGCCAACGAGCUGACCAUCUCCGCCAAUCAGCGGCUGCGGAUACUGGAGUUCCAGGACAUGAACGGCAACAGUGAAUGGUGGCUGGGGGAAGCAGGGGGUCGGCGGGGAUACGUGCCUUCCAACUACAUCCGUAAAUCAGAAUACACAUGAACGCCGUCUCGAGGGCGAUACGUCGACCUUAGGAACUCUCGAGUUUCAACAGAACAAUCUUGACACGCUGUGACCUUUUUUUCAAACAGUUUUCCUGGACUUGGAUAGUGAGAACUGAGCAGUGCUGCCAUUUCCUGACAGAUUUAUAUGCAUAUAUUUACAGACUUUUUUUAAAACAAUUGUUUUUAACUCACUGCCCUCCUGUUUCCAGUGGAAAACCUGUGAUUUGCUGAGGAUAGUGACUCGCAUGUUUAAGACACAGUUUGGCACAUGGGGAGAUUGCAAUGGAGAUGUGAAUGUUAAAUACUCUGACUUGCUCUUAGAAAUCGGCAUCAGACCGAUCCUAAUACUACAUCUAUGAUGUUUUUUUGCAUGUUUUUUUAUUUUAUUUUUUACGUUGAUGGAUGAAUAUGACAUCAAUUUAUGCCUACCGUUCAUCAAUCAACGUUAGAGGCACUUAUAGGUCGGCACGUUUGAAGUGUCUGCUGAGCCACGCCAGUUUGGAGUGUUGUGUCAAAUAAAGGAGAAUCAACUGACCUAUAUGGUCUUUAUGAGCACUCCUCUUCAGCUUCACUGGCUCUGCUACUCUUCAAGCAGGCUAACUGUAGUGAUCUUCCUUUAAGAGAAGACAAACAGUGAGAGACUGGUCUGAUUUGACUCCUCGCCACAUGCGUACCCAUCUACAUUAAGGGCUAUACAUUGCUGUAUAUUGAAAAUAUCAUCUUGUGCCCUUUAUAAAGUGAUCACUGUUUCAAUAAAAAAAAAAGCCUGGCUGGCAAAUGACUAGAGUGAAA